AUGACUGUUACCGACGAGCAGCUCCUACAAGAGGCAAGAGAAGUCAUGAAGCAUGCCUACUGCCCCUACAGCAAAUUUCCUGUCGGUGCCGCACUGCUUACGGAGGAUGACACUAUUAUUUUGGGUGUCAACUGUGAGAAUGCCUCCUAUGGAGGAACUAUAUGUGCGGAACGGAAUGCGGUAACCACAGCAUUGACGAAGGGAUACCGUAAAUUCAAAGCGAUUGCUGUAGGUAAGUGGGAUAAAAAUAUUGCGUUCUAA